CAUCGCCAGGCAUCACUGCUGCCAUCUCUCUGGUGGACGUGCUUCCCUGCAGCAGGGGAAUUCGCAGUCCAGUACUUGCACAGGCCAUCACAAAGGCCUUCACAGCGCCCUGGCAGCAGGAGCGGGGUGCAUCGCAGCAGCGGCUUGCACUUGGGAGCUGCACUUGCCUGCAAACCAACGGUGCGGGCUGCUAGGACACCAGUGUGAGGCGCUGAUGGACGCCAGCAGCUGACGGCUGCCACCUCCCACUCGAUCACCUGCGGCGGCAGCAGGCGGGCGGCACCUGUGCGCUCCACAGCAACACUGCACAGCAGGCGAAAUGGCUGAUGGUGACCUGUACGAUGAGUUUGGAAACUACAUAGGCCCCGAGCUGUCGGAGAGCGAAGAGGAGGAUGAGGAGCUCCAGCAGCAGCAGCUGGAGAUGGAGGGUCCAGGUUCGGAAGAGGAGGAGGCAGCUGAGGCGAUGGAUGAGGAUGGCCGCAUGCCCGGCACAGACCUAGCACUAUACGGCGAGGAUGGCGGCGGCAUGGCGGUGGUUCUGCACGAGGACAAGAAGUACUACCCGACCGCGGAGGAGACGUACGGCAAGGAGACGGAGGCGCUGGUGCAGGAGGAGGAUGCGCAGCCGCUGGAGGUGCCCAUCAUCGCGCCCAUCAAGCAGAAGAAGUUCCAGGUGGAGGAGUCGCAGGGGCUGCGCAGCCGCUACACGCCCGAGUUCCUGGGCUCCCUGCUGGCCACCCCGGAGCUCAUCCGCUCCGUGGCAGUGGUGGGCCACCUCCACCAUGGCAAGACGCUGCUUAUGGACAUGUUUGUGGAGCAGACGCACGAGCUGACGGCCAGCCAGCGGUCUAACGAGCGGCCCAUGCGCUACACUGACACGCGGGUGGACGAGCAGGCGCGCGCAAUCAGCCUGAAGAGCGUGCCCAUGAGCCUGGUCAUGGAGGGCAGCAGCGGCAAGUCAUACGCCAUCAACCUCAUAGACACGCCUGGCCACGUCAACUUCUCUGACGAGCUGUCGGCGGCGCUGCGCCUGUCUGACGGCGUGCUGCUGGUGGUAGAUGCUGUGGAGGGGGUGAUGGUGGGCACGGAGCGCGCCAUCAAGGCCGCCGCCGCCGAGGGCCUCCCCAUCUGCCUGCUCAUCGCCAAGUUUGACAGGCUGCUGCUGGAGCUGAAGCUGCCACCCACCGACGCCUACCACAAGUUGCGGCACACGAUAGAGGAGGUCAACACCCUCAUAGCCACUCACUACGGGGACGAUGAGCAGCACCUGGUGAGCCCCCUCAAGGGCAACGUGGCUUUCACGGCAGCGCUGUACGGGUGGAGCUUCACGCUGGAGAGCUUUGCCACGCUGUACUGCGAGGUGCAUGAUGCCCCCAUGGACCCAAAGGAGUUCUCCCAGCGGCUAUGGGGGGAUCGAUACUUCAACCCAGAGACCCGGACAUUCGCCAAGAAGGCGGGGCCCUCUGCCGGCGAGCGAACCUUUGUGCAGUUUGUGCUGGAGCCGCUGUACAAAAUCUACGCGCAGAUCAUUGGCGAGGACGAGCGCUGCGUGCGAGGCGUAAUGGAUGAGUUUGGUGUGGCGCUGCGGCCAGACAGCUAUGGCAUGAAUGUGAAGCCGCUCGUCAAGGAGGCAUGCAGCAAGAUUUUCGGCAAUGCUGGCGGCCUGGUCGACAUGCUGGUGGGGUGGGUGCCCUCCGCCAAGGCCGCCACCGCCACCAAGGUGGAGCGCUGCUACACAGGCCCCCACGACAGCCAGCUGGUGGAGCACAUGCGGGCGUGCAACCCGCGCGGCCCGCUGGUCAUCUACAUCUGCAAGCUCUUCCCCAAGCACGACUGCUCCCGCUUCGAUGCGUUUGGCCGCAUCAUGAGCGGCACCGUCAAGCCCGGGGACAAGGUGCGGAUACUAGGCGAGGCAUACACUCCAGACGAUGAGGAGGACUCGGCGGCAGGCCAGGUCAGCGCAGUGUGGGCGUACCAGGCACGGUACCGUGUCCCGCUCAACAAGGCGGUUGCGGGCAACUGGGUGCUGCUGGAGGGCGUGGACGCCACCAUCACCAAGACCGCCACCAUCGUGCCUGAGUUCCUGGAUGAGGAGGUUUACAUCAUGAAGCCGCUGGCCUUCUCCACGCAGCCCGUGGUCAAGAUUGCCACCGAGCCGCUCAACCCCUCCGAGCUGCCCAAGAUGGUGGAGGGCCUGCGCAAGGUGAACAAGAGCUACCCGCUGCUGGUGACCAAGGUGGAGGAGAGCGGGGAGCACACGGUGUUUGGCACCGGAGAGCUGUACCUCGACUCGGUCAUGAAGGACCUGCGCGAGCUGUACAGCGAGGUGGAGGUGAAGGUGGCGGACCCUGUGGUGUCCUUUUGUGAGACGGUGGUGGAGACCAGCAGCCUCAAGUGCUUUGCGGAGACGCCGAACAAGCGCAACAAGCUGACCAUGAUUGUGGAGCCCAUGGAGAAGGGGCUGGCUGAGGAUAUUGAGGUGGGGCGGGUGAGCAUGGAGUGGAGCCGCAAGGAGCUGGGCGCUUUCUUCCAGCAGAAGUACGAUUGGGACCUGCUGGCGGCACAUUGGAAGCAGCUGCAGCCCCUCCCGUGCCCCACCGGCUUUGCCAAGGCCAGCAAAAAGCAGUUGAACCAGUACAUCAAGCGCUUCCUGUACGACUAUAUCACCAACCAGAAGCUGAUCGGCGGUGUGUUCAAGACCAAUAAGUUCCCAUACUGCGACGUGGGCUUCACCCUGCUGGACAUCAAGCCCCUGUCUGGCUGCCUGGCCUACCAGAACCGGUCGAACAAAGAUUUGAUGGGCAGCGCUGUUUUCAAGUACCAGUGCUUCGGCUCCAAGGCCACCCGCACCGUGGGCAUUGUGGCCAGCGGUGUGUACCGCCUGGAGAAGCUGUGGGAUGUGGUCAUCGAGUUUGAGGCUUGA